AUGCAGCAAAACAACAAUAAGAACAACAAAAACCCAUCAAUCUCACUACACAACACUCACGUUAAGCUACUAGCCUUCGACCUCCUAACCCUAACCCCACCAUCCUCCCCAGACCAACCCUUCACCCGCAAAUCAAUCCCCAUCACACGCCUCGAAGCCCUAGGAACCAUCACCCUCCGCGAUCAGAAACCCUCUAAAUUCCUUUGUUUCGCUGUGGACGAUGGAACCGGUUGUAUCCCCUGUAUCCUCUGGCUUAACCAUUUGACUUCCCCUCACAUGGCUCGCCGUCGGAGUCCGCAGGAUCUUUGCCUUCUGGCCGACGCCGACGCGAGAUCUGCGGAAGUAGUGAAGGUUGGGGCUGUUGCUAGGGUUAGGGGGAGAGUUAUGGCGUUUAAGGGGAGUGUUCAGAUUACUGUGACAGAUGUUGUUGGUGAAAGGGAUCCUAAUGUGGAGAUUUUGCAUUGGGUUGAUUGUGUUAAGUCGGCUCGUAACUGUUAUAAUCUUAUUACUUUUUCUUCUUCUUCUUAA